AUGGACAACGCUACCAUGACGGCAUUCAACCGUACAGCUGCCCAUACCUCAUUCAGUGGCCAGACCAUACUCGCUGUGUAUAUCGCCAUUCUCACCUUAAUCAUCGCCAGCAACGCCACAGCGCUCGUUAUCCUCCACCGCACGAAAAGUAACGGCUAUUCCGCUGCUUUCUCUUUCUACCUCGUCCAUCUCUUCACCAUGAACAUCCUGACGAAUUUGCUGGACAUUCCGCUGGAUAUUGCGGAGAAAGUGUAUAGCGCCCGUUUAACCACGGUUGUGUGCGUCCUGUACAGCUACGUCAACUGGGUGUUGGUAUCUGUUUUAGUGUACUCGCAUCUGGCCAUCACGCUCAACCGCCUGUGGGCGGUGCUGCAUCCGCACAGCUACCGACAGCGCCACACUCUGCGGCUGGCCGUUGGAAUUUGCUGUCUGAUCUGGAUCGUCGUGCAUCUGUGCGUCGUACCGUUAUUCGCAUACCGACUUACCCACCAAUCAGAGAACGAUGUGUGUCUUCUGGAUAUGACAAAUUAUUCGCCGGGUUUCAGCCUACGCGUGCAAACCUGGGAAACGUCGAUUUUUGUCCUCCUGUUUUUGCUGCCGACGCUGGCGAUUGUGCUGCUGUACCCGCUGAUUGAAGGGCUACGCCAACGCGCCCGCCGUCGUGUGGCGAUUAAUAACGAGUCGCUGUAUGGACGGAAAAAGAUGGUGGCGGACCCGCGAACGUUCCGUAUGCUGCUGGCGCUGACGGUGAGCCUUCUGUGUGCAUGGUUGCCGCAAUUAAUUUGGUUGUUGCUAAAGGGCUGGGUGGCGCUGGAUCGUGCUACGAAGGACAUGGUAGAUUUGGUGCUGGAUUUUACUUGGACAGUGCAGGCUUUGCUGGACCCGGUUAUGUUCAUUGCUGCGUUUUAG